GCUUCUUCCUGGGAGCUGGUGGAUUUCUUGACAAAACGACGUCUCGGAGAUCGGAAUUUUGGAUCGUCUCUCUGCUUCCUGUUCCAAUCCGAUUUCAGAAAACUUUUGCUUAACCAAGAACUUCACUUUCAAGGUGUUAGGAUAGAGUCUUCAUAUCCGGGGUUGAAGAGGAAAAGGCUUUUGGUUGUGAAUCCCGGGCUUUGAUCCUUUGUUUCCAAAUUGCAAUGAGCUGUUAGCAUCUUAUGUGUGGAAUGGCAUGGACUCAGCCAUUGCUCUGAAUUUCUAAUAUUUCUUUCGUUUAGCACAAGCACCGGCCCACGGGAUUCUCCUGAUCAAUUUAUAUUGGUUGUUCUACUAAGUCCGUACACCAUCUUGACUAAAUCCAUACACAGACCUUUCGAAACUUCAGGAGGUGCCAUUACAAAAAGGGGGCACAAUUGGAUCGUGACUCGUUAUCUUAGUAUUAGUGUAGGAGGGUGGUGAGAAAGUAAUAUGGCUGAUACCAGUCCAAGGACCUCUGUCUCAACGGAUGCUGAUACGGAUCAUAGAGAUCAAAGGUUUGAGGGAGGGCAACUGGGUAUAGUUGCUUCUGAUUCCAGUGACCGGUCAAAGGAUAAGUUGGACCAGAAGACCCUUCGUAGGCUUGCUCAAAACCGUGAGGCAGCAAGGAAAAGCAGAUUGAGGAAGAAAGCAUAUGUUCAGCAGCUGGAGAAUAGCCGAUUGAAGCUGACACAACUCGAGCAGGAGUUGCAAAGGGCAAGGCAGCAGGGAAUCUUCAUCUCAAGCUCAGGAGACCAAGCCCAUUCUACUGGUGGAAAUGGGGCUAUGGCAUUUGAUGUAGAAUAUUCACGGUGGCAAGAAGACAAAAACAGACAAAUGAAUGAGCUAAGGUCCGCUAUCAAUGCUCAUGCCAGUGAUGCAGAGCUCCGAAUAAUCGUCGACGGAGUGAUGGCUCACUACGAGGAGCUUUUCAGGAUAAAGAGCAACGCGGCUAAGAACGACGUCUUCCAUUUACUAUCGGGAAUGUGGAAACCCCCCGCCGAGAGAUGUUUCUUGUGGCUCGGCGGCUUUCGUUCAUCCGAGCUUCUCAAGCUUGUGGCGACUCAGUUGGAGCCAUUGACAGAACAACAGUCAAUAGGCAUAAUUAACUUGCAGCAGUCAUCUCAUCAGGCGGAAGACGCGUUGUCUCAAGGGAUGGAAGCCCUACAACAGUCUUUGGCCGAGACUUUGUCAAACGGAACUCUUGGUUCUUCAGGUUCAUCGGGGAACGUCGCAAAUUACAUGGGCCAGAUGGCUAUGGCAAUGGGGAAGUUAGGAACCCUCGAAGGAUUUAUCCGUCAGGCUGACAAUUUGCGGCUACAAACGCUGCAACAGAUGCUGAGAAUAUUAACGACCCGUCAGUCAGCCCGUGCUCUGCUUGCAAUACACGAAUAUUCCUCGCGUUUACGUGCUCUUAGCUCGUUAUGGCUCGCCCGACCACGAGACUCAGCCUGACAAGACUUCUUUUGUGUUAGUUCUACACAAAACCAAAUCACAAAGCCCUUGAGUUGAGUCUCCAGCUUUGAAUCUCAGCUUAUUAUUGGGUGGAGAUGGUGGAGAGACACAGAAAGAGGAGAAGAAACGCGAUGACUGCCUGAUGUGUGUUUAUAUAUCUUUUGAUUAUUGAAACUAAUAAUCAUCAUUUGUAAUGUUUGUUUACACCAGAAGCUGUUGUUGUAAACACAACUUUUGUCACAUAUCAAUCUUAGGGGAGUUGGCUCUAAAGUUUUAA